CCCCUUUCAGCCAUCCCCGAACCCGAAACUACGCCAGAAGUGGAGGCAAAUAAUGGGACAGCAUGGCCUGCAGGAUCUUACUCGCUUCUCACAACAAUUCGCGAGGAUGGCAGGCUUGCCUGUCCUCCCGGAUUCAACCUGGCCAUUCGUUAUAACAUUCGACCAGAUGUGAUUGCCAAUACCUUCUUCCGUCCAAUGUCAUUUGCCGAAUACUUCACACAGAAGCCAACGCCCACCGAUGAGGUCUUUGGUCUGACCAACGAAACGUCAAUGCCGACAUUACACACUUGCGAACGCAAUGCGAGUGACGUUCCCGAGGCGUAUAAUCUUACAGCCUUCCCCGAUUGGCCGCCUGGCAAUUACUGUGUGCUUAUGGAUCUGCACACGAGAACCUGUCCACAGGGGCUUCAUCGUUUUACGCGUCAGUUGGCUGAACUGUGUUGUCACACCGCAAGCAGUGUUCCCGCUUCGCCGGUGAAGCUGCCCUUUGUUGGCGACUUCUUCCUUAUGGGAGCUUUUGACGAGCCUGAACUUGCUUGUCUGCCUAUUGAAAAUACUCAUGUAAUGGACCCGCACAUACACAGUUUGUGUCACUAUUUGCCACUUGAAUGGCUCAAAACUCGUCGGAGUUGGCCCCCCGGUGACUAUCUUUUGCCUAUCGGAAAACGCGGUCAGCCUAUCCAAGCCCUCAGUGCGAACUAUUCUGACCUCUCGGCACCGGUGUCCAAAUUUGCCUGUCCUGCUGGCUUCCAUCGAAUCCUUCACGAAUACUCCACCCAUGAGGAGGAAUUUGACACCGAUGGCAGUGGAGAGUCGGUCUCGGGCUCCACGGUGAUGCUCCACUUCUGUCAACACAACCAAUUCAUCAAUGAAUCUGCCAGCGGAAUGGCUGCAUCUUGGCCUAAGGGAGACUACUGUGUCAUUGUAAAUGGUGCCAUCUGCCCACCUGAAAUGCAUAAUGGAAAGUCAAAGCGCUCGGUGCCUCAUCAUCGGCACCCAAGUUCCGUUUCAGGUGUUAGCAUACUAAAUUCGCACAUUUUAGAUGCAUCGAAUGAGUUGGUAAUGCGAAUACCACGCAGUCACUUGCGCGCGAUCCACAAUGCCACCGACUACGGCGACAUCAUUGAGGGACAAUCAGUCGUAAUGCCCAGUGACGCGCGAUCCGUCACGUACUACUCAGUUUGCUGCCGUGAGGACAAACAGCUGUUGGUAGAUUUGCCAGCCUUUUCCGGGGGCAUGUACCUACCUGCUGGAUCCAGUCUUUGCUCCAGCAUCCCUGGAACCUUUAUCGAACAUGAACAGAUAACAACGUACCUGGACCCUACUCUGUUGGAUCCCUAUGUGGUUGAGGGAGGCGAUGACGAGGAGGGCAGCCAACGUCAACAAAGACAACGUCAACGCCAGCGGUGGAUGCCACCACCCUUCGAGGAGCCGGGUGUAAUGACACUCUGCUACUACCACCAAAUGCAGAAGGUUUUAACUUCAAAUUCCUCUUCAGAAGACGGAGACAUGCUGCAUGAAUUGCUUGAACCAGGGAGCACAGCGCUCUCAUUGUGGUUAGCUGGUGAAUGCGGAUGUGCUGAGAACGCCAUUUGUCGACCUUUCAAACGCUUCUCCUGCAAGUGUAAAAGGGGUUACUUCGGCGACGGCGUUCGCGUGUGUCGACAGGUUACGCCGCUCACCGGUCCCUGCGCUAACCUCUGCCAUGAACAUGCUGAGUGCAAGACACGUAGGAAGCACUCCUUCAUUAGUAGAACGGUGAGCGUCACCUUUGAUCCUGCCCGUGUUCACUGUCUUGAAAAUGAGAAGCUCUUUCAACCUAGCGUCGUUGCACACUUUGUUUGA